GUGGCGCACGCUCCCGAGCAGCAGGGAAAGGUGGUACCGGCUUCCUCGGCAAGCAACACUGCGCACUAUGGCGUCGCUCUGAGUUCAGUCACACGAUAGUUGUGUACAUACCUAACCGGCAAUCCGUCACCAUCGGCGCCUUGAUAAUGGACCUCCGGUCCAGGGGCUUUUUUCGGGGCCAUCGGAAUCACGAUUAAUACGCGUCAAGGACGAAAUUGUUUGAUUUUUCAGCACUGUCACUGUUGCACGCCCGGGAUUUCAUCAAGUGACAGGAGUACAGCCGGUUAGCCUGAGCUAGCUCGCUUAGUCACUAGCCAAAGAAGGGCAUCUUGGGUUUGUGUCGGACCGGAGGAAAAAAGGCCACCGGAGAGGGACAACAUCACGAAUUCCACAAAGGACUCGACGAGAGGUCGACUCUCGGGUUGCAAUCCAGCCGCGCCUUCACACGUUAUCCCGGUUGGCACCACAUCGCCACCCUAAUGCAGAACCAUAAAAGAACGUGAAAUGAAUAAACCACCGCAGCCUAUACAGGGACCCACCUCUGUCCCAAACCCCGCUCCCUCCCCUGGAUUGACACAGGCUACCUACGGACCUGGGCAGCCUCAGUCUCUUGUUUUCGCCACACCUCCACCCCCUCAGAUGAACUCCGCUCCCCAGCCGAGACAGUUUGCCGCAGGGCCCCGUACGUUACACCAACAGGGUGGAUACCGAGCGCUACAGGGUUAUUAUUCGAACCGUCCGACAAUGGCUACCAGCGCGCCGAGGGUCCAAACAAGCAGCGUAUCUCGACCUGUUGGACCGCCGCAUGUCUACCCGCCGAGCUCCCAGAUGAUGAUGAUUCCCCAGCAGCAGCUGUCAUUCGCCGGUUCCCCUCAGGGUUACUUCCUCCCCCCUGGACAGUACCGGGCCCCAUACAUGCCACCUACUCAGCAGUAUCCUGUGACCAGCGGUACUGCAGGCUUCUAUACAGGGACCAGCCCUGCUGAAUACUCCGGCUAUGCAGGAGCAUACUACCCGGCUCAGCCGCCGUACUCUCCAUCUGUCCAGCCCGCACAGGUCAUUAUCAACCCUGCCCAGCAACAGCAACCAGCCCCCCCUCCUCAGCAGCAACCAGCACCGACACAAGGCCCACCAAAGAGGGAACGUAAACCGGUAGUGUGUCACAACAAAAGGGCAGCGGACCUCUUGUCUGAGAUCAGAAUACGUGACCCAACCCAGGGCGGACGAGAUAUCACGGAGGAGAUCAUGUCUGGCGGAAGGUCUACCACUACACCAACUCCACCACAGGCCAACGUCACAGAAGCCGGACUCGCACAGACUAACGGUGAAGUCAUUCCGCCUGUUGCGGCACUCUCGAGUCGAGAUGACAUUGUCGAGCAUGUUGCCAGUGUUGAGACCCCACCACCUCCUCCCACUACAAAUCCUGAGCCCGCGUUGGAAAGCGCACAGGAGGUCGACAACCAAAAUGUGCCGGCUGCGCAGGCAGAACCCGUCGCUCCUGAUCUGGCUCCUGAGGUGCUGGCCCAAGUGGUGGAGGACCAGCCAGUUCCCGCUCUUCUGCCUGCCGUUACAUCAGCCUCCUCCACGGUGGAAGUUGAAAUGGACACUAAUGUCGCCGACGCAGUAGACGCUCCCGUCUGCCCCUCUCCUUUGACGGCGCAAGAGGAGGAACCACAUGCUGCCCCAGCUCCGUGUGAGAACGUGCCGGAAAAUCAAGUCGAGGAAGUGCAGCUGGCGGAAGAAACGGAAGAGCCCAUGGAGGUCGCAGCAGUUGAGCCUGUUGCUGAACUUGCAGAAGUCGUAGCCCCCGUUGCAACGGAAACAGAUGAAAUUCCGACAAAGAUGGCAACCGAAGCGCCUCCAGUCUCGGUGCAGGAGCCCAUUGCUUCUCUGACUCCGAAUGCUGCUGCCGAGCCCGAGCCCAAACCCCAGCCCACACCGGCGGAACCAGCAGAGCUUCCUCUCUCCAACGGCCUCCCUCAGGAUGUGCAGGAACUCGGUGAGGAAGACAUUACACCCUGCGACCAGCCAGAUGCUUUUCAAUCUCAGGAAUCCCCACCUGUGGCUAAAACAGCAGCGUCAGUUGUGGAAGACGUGGAUGUGAAGGAGAAGGAGGUGGUGGCGAUGAAAGAGAAAAAAGAAGAAGUGGUGAAAGUGGCAAAAAGUGAGGAAAUUCCUCCUGUCGCUGUGAACUGUCCUACAGAGGAAUCCGCUAUGCAUGCUGCUACGUCUGUGCCAAAGAAGAGGAGGAACAUGAAGGAAAUCAACAAGAAGGAGGCCAUUGGAGACCUCCUCGAUGCCUUCACAGAGGAGCAGGAUGCCAAGCCUGCCGCAGAGCCCUCGUCCGCUCAGGCCGACCCUGUCCCUGUUGCUCCAGCUGAACCUCCCGCCGAGGUGGCGGAUGAGACCUGGGAGGAGAAGGAGGACAAGCAGAAUGCAGAACCAGAAUCCAAAGCUGAGUCCACUGACAAGAAAUACCAGUACAAAGAAGAGCAAUGGAAGCCAAUAAACCCAGAGGAGAAAAAACGCUACGACCGAAAGUUCCUGCUGGGCUUCCAGUUCAUUAGUGCCAGCAUGAACAAACCUGAAGGCCUGCCUGUCAUCAGUGAUGUGGUUCUGGACAAGGUCAACAAGACGCCGUUGCGGCCUGCAGACCCAGUUCGAAUGCAGGAUUUUGGGCCAGAUUUCACCCCUUCGUAUUUGGGUAACCUGGGCAGUAGAUCAGUUGGAGGACCACGUGGACCACCCCCCGGGCCACGGCGUUCCCAGCAGGGUCAGCGGAAGGAGCCGCGUAAAAUCAUCACGAGCAUGUCGCUUAACGACGACGUGCAGCUAAACAAGGCCGAGAAAGCCUGGAAGCCCUCGGCUAAAAAGGGCACGCGUGGCCGUGGCGAGGAGGAGGUCACAGUGGCGACUGACGAAGACCUAACCCCCGAGCAAGCCCAAACGCAAGAGAUCUUGAAGCGACUGCGCAGUAUCCUAAACAAGCUGACUCCGCAGAAAUUCCAGGAGCUGAUGAAUCAGGUGAAGGAGCUGACCAUAGACUCAGAGGAGAGGUUGAAGGGCGCCAUCGACCUCAUUUUUGAGAAAGCCAUCUUGGAGCCCAGCUUCUCCGUGGCCUAUGCCAACAUGUGCCGUUGCCUUUCGGGGUUGAAAGUCCCCACCUCGGACAAACCAGGAUACAUUGUGACCUUCCGCAAACUGUUGCUCAACCGCUGCCAGAAAGAGUUUGAGAAGGACCAGGAUGACGAUGAGUUCCUGGACAAAAAGCAAAAGGAGAUGGAGGCCGCCAAAGAUGACGAAGAGCGCGAGCGCAUGCGUGUCGAGCUGGAGGAGGCCCGAGACAAGGCCAGACGCCGCUCGCUGGGUAACAUCAAGUUCAUCGGGGAACUCUUCAAGCUCAAGAUGCUAACGGAGGCCAUCAUGCACGACUGUGUGGUCAAACUACUGAAGAAUCAUGACGAAGAGUCUCUGGAGUGUCUCUGCAGGCUGCUCUCCACCAUUGGCAAGGACCUGGACUUUGAGAAAGCCAAGCCCCGUAUGGAUCAGUAUUUCAAUCAAAUGGAAAAGAUCAUCAAGGAGAGAAAAACAUCAUCCCGAAUCCGCUUCAUGCUGCAAGAUGUCUUGGAUCUCAGACGGUGUAACUGGGUGCCCCGUAGAGGCGACCAGGGUCCAAAAACCAUCGACCAGAUCCACAAGGACGCCGAGAUGGAAGAGCACAGGGAGCAGAUCAAAGUCCAGCAGCAGCUCAUGUCCAAAAAGGACACGGGUGGAGGAGGUGGCGGCAGGAUGGGUGGAGGUCUGGGCGGCCGGGGCCCUCACACACCGGGAGGUGGCCGGGGCAGCGUGCCCCAAGAUGAGGGCUGGAACACUGUGCCCAUCACUAAGAGACCCUACGACACCGCUCGCCUCAAGAUCACAAAGCCUGACAAUCCGGACCUCAACAGUCAGCGGUUGGCUCCGUCAGGCAAAGGUUGGGGCAAAGGUAGCAGUGGAGGAAUGGGUGUUAAAACUGCAACAGGAGACCAAGACUCUGGUCGCUCAACUACGAGCACCGUCAACCGAUUUGGUGCCCUGCAGCAGUCUAGCUCCUUGUCCUCAGACUCGGAUCGCAGAGCUCCUCAGAGGUCGAGCUCCAGUCGCGAGCGAGGCGGCGACAGAGACCGGGCCGAUCAGGACCGAGAUCGCUUUGACCGCUUCGACCGCGACGACAGAAACAGCCGUAGCCAAAACACCAAGCGGAGUUUCAGCAGAGAAACGGAGGAGCGCGGCGGAAGGGGCGGCGACAAUAAGCCCACCAAUGAGCCCGUGCGCCGUGUGGCUAGCAUGACUGACAGCCGCGAUCGGGGCAGCAGAGAUCGAGGCAGCCGGGACCGAGGCAGCAGAGACAGGGGAAGUCGGGACCGCGGUCCAAGCAAAGACCUCCCAGCAAAGCGCGAGACUGCCCCCGCCCCUUCUCUUCCGAAACUAGCAUUGACCGAAGAGGAGGUUGAAAAGAAGUCCACUGCCAUCAUUGAAGAGUACCUCCACAUCAAUGAUUUGAAGGAGGCGCUCCAGUGCGUGGCCGAGCUCAACAGCACCGCAUUGCUCUACGUGUUCGUGCGGCAGGGCAUGGAGUCGACGCUGGAACGUAGCACCAGUGCUCGAGAGCACAUGGGCAUGUUGCUGCACAAACUCACCAGUUCGGGGACCAUGCCUGCUCCGCAGUAUUUCAAAGGGCUUCUACAGAUCUUGGAGGUGGCCGAAGACAUGGCCAUUGACAUACCUCACAUCUGGCUCUACCUGGCUGAAAUCAUCACCCCCAUGCUUCUUGAAGGCGGCAUCCCCAUGAGGCAGCUCUUUGGGGAGAUCGCCAAGCCUCUCUUGCCUCUGGGGAAGGCCAGUGUGCUGCUGGUGCACAUCCUCCACUUGCUGUGCAAGGGGAUGACUCGCAGUAAGGUCGGCGCCCUGUGGAAAGAGGCGGGACUGAACUGGAGCGACUUCCUGUCCAAGAAUGAAGACGUCAACAAGUUUGUCACUGACCAGAAAGUGGAGUUCACAACCGGCGAGGAGCAGGAGUCCAAGGAGAGCAAUAAGAAGUCUCUGAGCGCGGAUGAGCUGAGGCAAGAGCUGGACCGCCUCCUCCGCGACAAGGCCAGCGACCAGCGGAUCAAAGACUGGGUCGAGGCCAACCUGGAUGAGCAGCAGAGCUCCUCAAACCAGUUUCUACGCGCGCUCAUGACCGCCGUGUGCCAGUUGGCCAUCACAGGGGACCCGUACAAAGUGGACGUGCCGCUGAUCAACAACAGAGCCGCCCUGCUGCAGAGCUUCCUGAGCGACGAGCAGAAGGAGCUGCAGGGGCUAUAUGCCCUGCAGGCACUCAUGGUGCAAAUGGAGCAGCCUGCCAACCUCCUGCGUAUGUUCUUCGACGCACUGUACGACGCCGACGUCAUCAAGGAGGAGGCCUUCUAUAAGUGGGAGUCCAGCAAAGACGCAGCGGAGCAGAGCGGCAAAGGCGUGGCCCUCAAGUCCGUCACCGCCUUCUUCACUUGGCUGCGUGAGCCCGAAGAUGAGUCGGACAAGGAAUGAACGCUGCCGCCCCUGCGUGGCCCGGAGGAUGAGUAGGUAGCGAUUCAAGGGACGAUCUUGCCGAUGAGGCAGACUCAAAAUCAAAAUCCUCAAUGAGGAUAAAUAUCUUUUUUUUUUUUU